CCACUUUGUAGGCCCACAACCGCGUAGCAAGUGACAGUAAAAUUCAGUCUGUUUGGUUUGUAACGGAGAUUGUAGCGCCGAGAAUUAUGGCACGAAUUUGUCAAGAUUCCUGUCAUUCCUUCAGCUUCACUGACCCACCAAAGCAGAGGAGAGCUUGAGAAGACAUACCUGACAAUGUCUGGUACUUAGGUUGCAGAACUCCUGCAGCAGCUGGACGGAAGCCGGUGGAAAGAUGCUCGAGAUGGGAUGACACAUGACAGGAUGGUAGUUAUGUUCAAGUUUUGAAGCAGCAGCCAGUAGUCUCUUGUAGUAUGCCAGCAGAGGAAAUCGAGAGUGUGUCUCUUCCUGUGGGUUGGAAAAGCUACAGAUCACCUGAGGGGCGGAAAUACUAUGUCAACACAAGCACUAAAGAGACAACAUGGGAACGGCCAAGCACAUCCACCAUCAGCCCAAAGGCUUCUGGGUCUCACCAACACUCAGUAAAUGGACAUCAGCUUCAUGGAGCCUCUGGACAUGUGCUGGAGCAUCCAGAUGUGUUCCUGAGGAAGACCAGCCUCAGCAACCAGAGCCCAGGGUCCACCUCCCCGGCCAGGAGGCAGAAUAAGGAGAAGGAGAUCAAGGAGACCAAAAUCACUAUCAACUGCGUCACCUUCCCUGUGCCCACAUCUGCGCCGGAGCAACAGCUUCUCAAGCCCAGUGAAUGGAGCUACUGCGACUAUUUCUGGGCCGAUAAGAGGGACCCUCAGGGGGCCACAGUGUCAGGGUUUGAGGUGCUGCUGCAGAAACAGCUGAAGGGGAAGCAGAUGCAGAAAGAGAUGGCAGAGUUCAUCAGAGAAAGGAUAAAAAUCGAAGAGGAAUAUGCCAAGAACCUUUCCAAACUCUCCAUGUUCCCAAUGGCAGCACAAGAGGAAGGGACUCUUGGAGAAGCUUGGGCCCAACUGAAGAAGAGUCUAGCUGAUGAAGCCGAGGUCCAUCUCAAGUUCUCAUCAAAGCUCCAGAGUGAAGUCGAGAAGCCUUUGCUGACCUUCAGAGGAGACAACUUUAAAAAGGACAUGAAGAAAUAUGACCACCACAUCGCUGACCUGAGGAAGCAGCUGGUCAGCCGUUAUGCUGCUGUGGAGAAGGCACGGAAGGCUCUAGCAGACCGACAGAAGGAUCUUGAAGUGAAAACACAGCAGCUUGAGAUCAAAUUGAGCAACAAAACAGAGGAAGAUAUUAAGAAAGCCCGACGGAAAUCCACACAAGCAGGUGAUGAUCUAAUGCGCUGUGUGGACCUUUACAAUCAGGCUCAGUCAAAGUGGUUUGAGGAGAUGGUCACUACAAGCCUGGAGUUGGAGAGGUUGGAGGUGGAGCGGUUAGAGACGAUACAGCAGCUUCUGCGUCAGUACACCACACUGCGGCAUGAGACGGACAUGUUCAACCAAAGUACAAUGGAGCCAGUGGACCAGCUCCUGCAGAGUGUGGAUCCUGCCAAAGACAGAGAGCUCUGGGUGAAGGAACACAAGACGGGGGAUCUGAGACCUGUGGACAUGGACAUCUAGACAAAACACACACACACACACACACACACACACACACACACACAUUAUACUAUAUGAAUCUACCUGCAUGCCUGUCUACCUGAGUACUUCAACCUCUCAGCCAAAGCCAUACAGGUAUCACCCCUUGAAGCACUGCUUGUUUUGUGGAUUUCCACUGAAAAUAUUAGAAAAUUACAAACUCAAAGCUUUAUAGAAGAUUUUCUAAAUGUGGAACGAAAGGACAGCAGCACAGCAGACACAUUAUGAUACUGAGUAGCCAUCCAUAUAAUCCUGCAUGUCCUUUGAAUAAGAUGCUACUUAAGACUUCCCGGUAUGUCUGUUAUACAUUAACAUGAUUCAAGUAGUCGAGGCACCACUGAUAGAGAUCUGAACAUACACUGUACAGUAAAACACCUCUUUGUUUAUUUGCCGCAGUGGAUGCCUGUUAAACAAACUUCAUUUAAUCCAUUUUUUUUAAAUCUUUUUGGUGUUGAAAUAGUGUACGCACAUUGAACUACACAGCUAGUUUGCAGAUAUUUACAAUUGCCUGGACAAAAGUGUGAGUAAAACGCGUAAACGGACAGCUUCAGGAUGCCACAUAGGUGUUCAAAAACCUCAAAAAUGAUUCAUCCUUAACAGAAAUAACCAGCAGCAAAGUUACGGGAGGGGAAAAAAGGUUAAAGCAUAUCAUUGUUUAGUAUUGUUAAAUCUGUAUUGUAUUUAAAAAAGUUUUUUUUUUUGCAACAAGGAAUGCAGUGGAAAGUUUUUAAUGCUAUUUUCACAAACUCCACAUAAACUGCUGGCGAAUCAACAGCCUUCCUUAUGAAGAGAGGGGUCAGGUUGCAUUGUUUAGGUAUGGAAUUGAUAUAUUUUCAUAUUUUUGCAGAUUUAUUUUACAGAAAAGCAUGUUUUGUCUAAAUGUAGGACUAGUUGUUUAUGGUUAAUGGAUGUGUAAGUUGAGUGGUGCUGGUUAGUCCAUUGAUUGUGUUCAUGGAAGAUGUGUCAACUAGCCAGGACUCGAUAGCAAAGUCAUAUAAUUUUUCCCAGUUGAAGUCAAGAAACCCCCUUAUGCAGCCAGAUUUACUCUGUUGGCGUCUAAACUUCUUCUCUAGGUUGCUCUAAAGCAGUUUAUAGACUGUUUCUUAAUGGUGAAAUUAUAUGGUUCGGCUGUAGAAUCCAAGGUGUCAAUCAAAGGUGGAUCAGAUGUGAAUUCUAAUGAUUUGUGUUAUAAUGUACACCUUUUAGUGCCUAAAGGUUAAUUGCCUUGGAAUGUUCACAAUCUAUUGUGUUAAGUGUUUGUACAUAAUUGUAAAUAUGUGCGUGGCGUUUUUUUGUCCGUAUUUGUUGUCAGGCUCAUCCUACAUCAUGCUCAUCUCUCUGUAGUCUUCGUCGUUCUACGUUAUAAAAGAUACGUAAACAUUUGACUGAUGGAUGCCACAGUUUUCUGCUGAAUGCACAUUGUCAUAGGCAGCUAAUUCGAACACUGUUUGAACCACGCAGCUCGAAUACCGGAAGAUAGAUGAAACCUUGCAAUUUUCAAACUUUAUACAGUGAUAUUGAGAAAUUUGAUAUAUUUAUAUAGCACAGGAAGUCAAAGCACAUUUUGGGAAAUGAAAAUAUCUGUGCUUUCAUUCAAAUUCCUACCAGAUUUGUAUUUAUUUUUACUAUCAGUCAGUAUGGGAAGAAAAACACUAGUGGUUAGAGUUAGAUAAAUACAUUGCCCAAUAAAAGCAAGCAUGGAAUUAGUGUAAAAAAAAAUCUAAUAAACUCAAGCACACCAGAAAUACAUGAUUUGGAUCAUAAGUGCUCAGCUGAAAACAUUGUAAAAUGCAUAUUAGCAUGACCGAUAAUGUGAAAGUAAAUCUAAAAUUCAUAAGUACCAUGGAAGGUAAUGCAUUCAGGUUAUUAUUUACUUUAUUAUUUGGAAGUUACUAACGAUCGCUUUCUUUUCACUUAACAUGGAGUAUGACUGGUUUACAUUUGCUGUUUAGCAUGUAACAAGUUUUACUGUACUGCAUUGCCCAAGCUAUUCUAGAAUUACAUGUUGCAGAAAUUGUAUUGAAACUUGAUGUCAAUGGUGUGCAUUAUGUGUAUUCUGAAGAACCGUUCAGUUUAAUGUCUGUGUUCCAAACUAGAUCUUUUAUAUAUAUAUAUAUAUAUAUAUAUAUAUAUAUAUAUACAUAUAAUAUUGUAAAUGUUGAUUUAUUUCCUCUCAACUUAAUAGUCUUCAUUGAUAAUAUUCAUUUAUCAACAUGUUUAUCAAGAUAUGAUGUUUAUGUUGAAUUUGCCCAGGAAAUGACUACAUUGUCUAUAAUAAUAAUAAUAAAAAAGAACUCUUAAUUGUUUACCGCAAUUGAGGUUUCUUCUUUUCAGCAACAUUUGCAUGUAGCAUUUACAUGUAAACGGACAGCUUUAGGAUGCCAUAUAGAUGCUCAAAGAUCUCAAAAAUAAUUUAUGCUUAGCAGAAAUGACCAGCAUCAAAGUUAUGAGGAGGGGAAAAAGCUAAAGCAUUUCAUCGUUCAGUGGGUAUAUUGUUAAAUCUGUAAUGUAUUUAAACAAAAUGUUGUUGUUUUUUUGCUCAUCUGCCACAUGCUGCUUCAGUUCCAUUUUAUUUUAUUUUAUAUAUUUUAUUUUAUGCCGCUGUCUUUGCUUGAUGGGCCUUCAGUUCAGUAUUUUUUAUUUUAUUUAUUUUUUAUUUCUGAGAAAAAAAUUAUAUCAAAACAAAAGCAUGCAC